UGCAAGGCUGCCUUCUGCAAGCAUUGCGGUGACAGUUGCCGAUGUACACCGGCGGAGCCCAUUCAUUGUACAUAUAAGGCCCUUCCUCGCGACUGACAAUGUAUCCUGCCUCAAUCGAAAACAGACAUUUUUUCUCACUCGAUCCCCUUUUCUUUCUUCCCCUCAUCUCCCCCUCAUCUCCGCCUCAUCCGUCAUGUUUUCGUUUGUCCUUCUGCUUUGUGUAGCGUUGGCAAACGCCUACUCAGACCCGGGUGCCUGCUCGGGAUCCUGCUGGGCCCAUGACCCCAAUGUCAUCCAACGCAAGUCUGACGGCACGUUCUUUCGCUUUUCGACAGGGUUAGGCAUUCACAUCUCGUCGGCCAGCUCGAUUACUGGUCCGUGGACCGAUCUUGGGGUAGCAUUGGCAGACGGCUCGGAGGUUACAGUGGGGAAUGCCUCCAAUCUCUGGGCUCCAGAUGUGCACUACGUUGACGGCACCUACUACAUGUACUAUGCCAGCUCUACGCUUGGCAGCCAAAGUUCCACCAUUGGCGUUGCCAGCUCCACCACCCUCGAGGUAGGCUCCUGGACGGACCAUGGCGAGAUUGGCGUCACCUCGUCUUCGUCCACCCCGUACAACGCCAUUGACCCCAACUGGAUCACCAUUGGCAGCACCCCCUAUCUCCAGUUUGGCUCGUACUGGGAUGGCAUCUACCAGGUGGAGAUGACCGACUCCCUGACGAGCAGCGGCAGCACGCCCACCAACUUGGCCUACAACGCAUCGGGAAACCAUGCCAUCGAGGCUGCUUUCAUGUUCGAGCGUGGAGGCUACUACUACCUUACUUUCUCGUCCGGUCAGGCUCAGAAUUACAUCUCUAGCCCGCCCGCCCAAGGAGACGAGUACCGGAUUGUUGUGUGCCGAUCCCAGACGGGAACGGGCGACUUUGUCGACCAGAACGGUGUUGCAUGCACCAACAGCGGCGGAACUACCGUUCUGGCCAGUCACGACUACGUCUUCGGUCCAGGUGGACAGGGUGUUUUGAACGAUACGACCUACGGACUGGUUGUCUAUUACCAUUACGCCAACAAGAACAUUGGCCUGACGGUCGAUGACUACCAAUUCGGCUGGAACCAGCUCACCUGGAACGAUGGUUGGCCCGUGGUAGCCUGAUGGCUCUUCGAUCUAUACCGCAAUGGCACGGGGUCCGGCCAGCCCAGCCCUUUGGGGGUAA